AUGUCUGACAACGGAGAACUCGAAGAUAAGCCACCAGCUCCACCUGUUCGGAUGAGCAGCACUAUCUUCAGUUCAGGAGGGAAAGAUCCAUUAUCUGCUAAUCAUAGCUUGAAACCCCUGCCCUCUGUUCCAGAAGAGAAAAAGCCUAGGAACAAAAUCAUCUCUAUUUUCUCUGGCACUGAAAAAGGUAAGAUGCUGCAUUGUGUGGGUUCAAGACAUUCUUCCCUUCGCAACUCCAUUGUGCCAUAUACAUACUUUUAGCUAGGAAACACAUGACUUACAGAGCAGUGCAACAUGGAUCUCAUUUCGGUGAUUGCACUGGCACGCAAAAAAGUAGCAACCAGCUUCGCUGUUACUCAGCUGGGCAAAUGCUGCUGGACUCCUUGGGUUUGUGUUCUCUUUCUGUCAGUCCCUCUUCCUAGGAGUGGGGAAAACAACCUGGUUGAGUACAUGCAGGUUUUCUCUCUGUCCCUCUUCCUGCUAGGAAAAGAUUGACCAAAAGCAGGCCAUUCCAGCCAGGGUAGAUUCAAAUAGAGUCCUGUGACAGUCUACCUGGAGGCAGCACAUUGGAGCUAUGUUUUCUCUUCCUCUCCCUUCUCUGGGAGGCAGAGGGAAACAGGCUGGUAUGUAGCCUAUGAAAUGGAGAAUCGCCCUCCUUUUUAUGAGGGAAGGGGAAGAGAAGCAGCCUGUAGAAUUACAGCACAACUGAACAUACCAUACACUCUUGUCUAGUUGGCUGGAGGCAAUCCUCCCUGGAUUCAUCUUUAUUAAAACAAAUUUAAUACCUGAAGUCAGACUACAGGCCCAUCUAGCGUAGUAUUUCCUACUGUCACUAACAGCUGCAAUCCUAAUUGCACUAAUCUAGGAGCAAGCCCUGUUGAAUUUAACAGGACUCACCUCUGAGUAGACAUGGUUAGGAUUGUCCUGUAAAUUUCACCAAGCCCACUUUUGACUAAAAUUAGUAGAGCUGUGUUACAGGCUUGUGCAGCUUUAAUGUUUUGAAAGUUUGGAGGAUUUGAGAAAAUUAGGCAAAUGUUUUGGAGAAAAUGGCCAGGGGAAAUGAAAAUGCUUACAUCUUAAUCUUCAUUAUAGUCUUUAACUGCCCACCUAAUUGUAAGCUUAGACUUGGGGUGAAAAAUAUAGGUUGCAAAUGUACUUAGCUCACACAAGUACAAUGUUAUAGAGCCAACAUGCAGAAACUAGUUUCAAAUGGUCACUUUCCAGUUUGAAUUGCAAACACAAAGAUGCAGGAAAAUCUAGGCAAAAUGCCUUCACCCUACCAAGCAAGAAAUGCAGACCCAAAAAAGCAGGCAACCCCCUCCUGCAAACAACCAAAUGCCCUCAAUUAAAAUAAAAAAUUGAGAGUGGCUGGGGGGCUUAGUGAGUGCCAGUAUGGGUGUUUGAAUUUCCUUCUACAUGAUUUAGCUGAAAUAUGUUACAUGUCUGUUUCAAGACAUCCUGCUUACUAGAAUCAUGGGGCAUAUUUGUGCACCUAAUAGUUAUGUUUAAAGAAUAUUUGCUGGCUAGGUUUUACAGCUGUUUUCCUAGGCUGACUAUUCUGUUGUUCUUGUAGGGAGUAGGAAAAAGGAAAAAGAAAGGCCUGAAAUCUCUCCCCCAUCAGACUUUGAACAUACCAUUCAUGUUGGCUUUGAUGCAGUUACAGGAGAAUUCACUGUAAGUAUGCCAAGCUUCUCUCUGUUCAGUGUGUACUAACUUAUGGUUGAUAAGAAAUAUAAUAUUUUCUUUUUAAGCACUGUUGUUACCAAUGUAUUUCAUCACUGAAAAACAUUCUCAAUACAUAUUUCUCCUGUUGCACCAAUAGGAAAGCUGUAGAAAACUGAAAUAAUGAAAUGGGGUAAAUUUAACUUAAAAUAGAUGUUAUAUUGCAAAAUACUGUUUCUCAUUGUAACAACAAACUGGACCUCUUUAUUAAAUUUUGAUUAUGCUGACUUGUUUCAUUGUAUUCUCUGUAGGAUCUUGAAAUAGUGAUUUUGUCCUGUGUCCAUAUGAAUUAUUUAAACUUGUGGAUGUUAUACUUUAGAUGUAAUUUUGUAUUCUUUUCCUAGGGAAUGCCAGAGCAGUGGGCUCGGCUGCUACAGACGUCAAAUAUCACCAAGCUAGAACAGAAGAAGAAUCCUCAGGCUGUCCUUGAUGUGCUGAAGUUCUAUGAUUCUAAAGACACAGCAAGACAGAAAUAUUUGAGUUUUUCUGCUACAGGUAAUCUUUAGAAUACUGUGAGAAAAUUCAGGGGGAGCUUCAGGUUGUUCUUGAGAAGCGUUAAAGAAUUUGCUUCUAAAAUGAAGAAGCAAUCUGCAGUGAAACUCUUCAAUGUAUAGUGCUUUGGAGAAAUGGCAGUGUGGGGCACAGCUUUCAGUAAGCCAAAAUUCUAAUGAUGGAUAAGAUCCAUUACUGCCCCUUUAGUUUAAAUAGUUAGAAGAAGUUUAUUUGAAGUACUUGAUCGUGAAAGGAUAAGUAAUAUCCUUUCAUUUUCUUAAACAUUUUUGAGUCUACGGUCCCUAUCUUUGUAGUCUUACGUUUUUCAUUUUUUGUAGAAAGUUAAACUGAGUUACACACAAUUGAUUCCCAAAGGAUGGAGGUUUAGAAGAAGGGCUUUAAAAAAACUUGCAGGAAUCAUUGUAUAUACAGUGGUGCCUCGCAAGACGAAAUUAAUCCGUUCCGCGAGAGUCUUCGUCUAGCGGUUUUUUUGUCUUGCGAAGCAAGCCCAUUGACGGAUUAGCGCUAUUAGCGCUAUUAGCGGUUUAGCGGAUAUUAAAGGCUUAAUGGCUUUGGGGAUUAGCUGCUAAAUGGCUAUUAAAGGCUAUUAAAGGCUUAGCAGAUUAGAUAAAGGGGGGAAGCGAAAAAAAUCUCAAGACUCAUAAGGUAUUUUCGUCUUGCGAAGCAAGCCCAUAGGGGAAUUCGUCCUGCGAAGCAACUUCAAAACGGAAAACCCUUUCGUCUAGCGGUUUUUCCGUCUUGCGAGGCAUUCGUCUUGCGGGGCACCACUGUAUUGAUACGUUGUCAUUAAUAGGAGGAUGGGGAAUCGUACUGAGCCCUUGUACAAAAUUGAGAGGCAAGGGUCUUGAAAUUCUAAAGCUCAUUAACUAAGCUUUCAGGCAGACGUAGUUGGAUACAACCCUAAGUCAUUCUCAAAGUUAACCUAUAAAAAUCAGUGCAGUUAGUCAGGUUUACGGAUUUCACUCUGCUCUGAGUGUGUUGAGUUGAAUACAACCCAUAUGCUACUUGAUACUUUCAGGUACUCUCUGUAUUUGAUGAGGACAGAUUUUCAGAAUAGUUAUAAUAUUCUCACAUUACUAAUGAAUUUGAUACCACACAGUUUUAACAUAGGCUCACAAAAGUACUGUGAACUAACAUCAAAUGUGAACAUGUAAAUAAUAAUUAAAAAAACCCAGACAAACAAGGCUUAUAAUACCAAAAUGAGAUGAAGACUUGGCUUGCCCUUAAUUUGGGGUUUGAAUUCACAUUAGUUAAGGGUCAACAAGUUUGGGUUUACCUACACGUAUAAAACUUUGCUUUUCCAGAUUAUCCUAAGUUUCGAUGUAACAGUUUUGGCAUUGACUUUCAGUUUAUGUAGAGGUUUCGUUUAAUAGAAAAUAAAACUGGCUCAAAUGUUUUAGGCACCGAUUAUAUCCACAUUUAUCUAGAAAGCUGGGUUUUAAAAAAAGGGAACCUAUUCUACUGAGGGACGCGGGUGGCACUGUGGGUAAAACCUCAGUGCCUAGGACUUGCCGAUCGCAUGGUCGGCGGUUCGAAUCCCCACGGCGGGGUGAGCUCCCGUCUUUCGGUCCCAGCUCCUGCCUGCCUAGCAGUUCGAAAGCACCCCUAAGUGCAAGUAGAUAAAUAGGUACCGCUUUAUAGCGGGAAGGUAAACGGCGUUUCCGUGUGCUGCGCUGGUGCUGGCUCGCCAGAGCAGCUUCGUCACGCUGGCCACGUGACCAGGAAGUGUCUUCGGACAGCGCUGGCUCCCGGCCUCUUAAGUGAGAUGAGCGCACAACCCUAGAGUCGGACACGACUGGCCCGUACGGGCAGGGGUACCUUUACCUUUACCUUAUUCUACUGAGAGCAUGAAAGAAGAAUAGAGUUCUUAACUCACACUUCAAUCUCUCCUAUAGAAAGACCCCAAUACUUUUCAUUUAGCAUUGUUACACCUAUUGUAAAAUGCCUUAAAAUCUUUCGGUGUUUCUGUUGGUUAAAUUUUUAAAUUUUUUUUUUUUUAGACAAAGAUGGAUUCCCCUCAGGAGCACCAGCAGUAAGUAUGCUUUAUUACAUUCCUUACAUUUCUCAGAAGUAUUCACACUGCUCUAUUGCAGUUCUUGAUGUGAAUCAAGCCUAGUGAGAUACAGUAGCUUUCAAGCUUUGCUUUUUCAAGUAUUGUCUGGUUUGAGGUAUGAGUCACCAGAGAGACACUUCACCUGAUUUUUUUUUUUUUUUAAAUAAAGCUGGAUACAUCAGUAGAUGGGAUUCUUUCUUGGUCCACUCCUGUAAUUUAUGACAUCACUUGUCACGUGGUUUGACAAGUUCAGAGGCUGCUGUUGUAUCAAAACCAAAGUUCCAUAUAGCCACUGUCUUGCUUGCCAAUAGCAAGAACCCCUCCCCCCGGGCCAGUGUGCAUCAAAACAUUGCUUCUCCUUUCCUUCCUCAUUUCGACCGUUGAGAGGUUACUUUUUGUCCUUUUGAGUUGGGCUUCUUUGGCCAAUGCUUUUGCUGGCUUCAUGUGCUGUUGUUACUGCCUCCUGCAAAAGCCCCUAGGGAAGGGGGAGAGAUUAUAUACUUUAUUCACUCCACAGAGAACUUGGGGAGUGGGUGGAGGGAGUUCAAAGGCAGUAGCAGUGAGGAGCUGCUUGAAAUGCUCUUAUUGGGAUAGACAAACUGUGGCUAUAGGGCUGCAUGCAAUCCUAGCCUAAUUUUAAAAGGUCUCUGCAAGCUGUCAGUUCAGACCCCUGGCAAGAGUGAUCUGCCUCUCUCCUAGCAGCCUGUUGGGCAGUGGAGAAAAGAGAGAAGUGGUGGCUCUGGCCCCACCAACUGCAGGUAUACCAUCCUCAAUAGAUUAGUUCAGAGGCAAUGCAAUCCUCAACAGAAAAAAUUGUUUCCCACUCCAUACUAUUCUGUUAUUAUAGUUUUGUAUGCUUCUUUAUAGUGAACUUUCUAAAUGUUCUACAGUAGGGCUUAAUUUCUUUUACUCCUUUCUUUAUUUCUUUUUUUAAAAAAAACAAAACUCAAAACUUCUAGCCCAAUGCAAAAGGGUCAGAGCCUGCAGCACCUGAAGAGGAAGAUGAUGACGAAGUGGCUCCUCCAGUUAUCGCCCCACGACCAGAUCAUACAAAAUCAGUGAGUCGUUUUAUUUCACCUAAUAGUUUCUGUCCAUAACUUACCAGUCUGCAGGUACCUGCCUCUUGUUGUUCAGUGCUUCCACUCUCGUUCCAUCUCUUAUCAAUACUCCCCACUUGAGUUUCCUAUUAGAGUGGGCGACUGGCUUUUACUUUGAAACAGCAUUACUUGUGCAGUGAGAGCUUGGCUUGAAUAGUUGUUUCUGAGUUUGAAAAGAAUGCUUUAGUAGUUGUAUACAAGGGAAUGUUACUGUAAUUUCCAAAAUUGUUUAGGAAAGUUCUUAUCUACCAUACUCCAUUUAGAGCUUAGUUCUAUAAAGGAUUCAUACAACUGUAUGCUACUGUAAUAUACAGUAGUCAGUUGGGUCAGUUGUUGUAAUUAAGUCCCUAAUGCUACAAAAACCUAUAGCUAUUCAUAUCAGCCUAUAGGCUGUAGUAGCUGUGGAGCCACAUUGACUAAAAGGAUAGCCAUAAAUCUUUCAUGAGAGAUGUUAAGUAUUUGUGGCAGUUUCAACUUGAAAAGAGAUUUGUUAACAGUAAUAUAAUGGCUUUAUAAUUAUGAUAUUUCCUUGCAGAUUUAUACGCGAUCCGUAAUAGAUCCCAUCCCAGCACCUUCUGGUGACACGGGUGACACAGUUGCUAAAUCAGCAGAUAAGCAGAAGAAGAAAGUUAAGAUGUCAGAUGAAGAAAUCACAGAAAAGCUGCGUAAGUUGAAAUUCUAAGUCAGCACUUUACUAGGGAUAUGUAUAUGAUUAGCCCAAAGUCAUAUGUACUGAGUGUUCUGUAUGGUGAAUCAGCCAUUGACCCUUCUAGUCACACACUGUAUUUAACCUUAUUUUGACAGCUUUUCACCCCUUUGUAGGAAUUGUGAGCAGAUUCUCUUGAAAAGAGGCAUUGUGUGAAUGGUGUGAGCAUUGUUAUUGCUAGCUAGCAAUCCAGGAGCUGAGGAAAUGCUGAAGCAGGAACUUAUAGCUGAUGCAUUGUUAAGGAGCAUAUCCUGUGUUUGCACUGUUCUCACAUUAUUUUUCACAGGAAGCAAACACUUGUAUGAAUAGACCUAUAUAGGUACAGCUCUUCCUAUCCAGGAUAGGGACAAGAUAUGGCAGUGUUUUAGAAAGUAAUGAAAAAGUGGCUGUCUGUACUAUGUUGAAAACUGCUUUUACUAUCCAAAAUACUCAUAUUAUGUUGUCUUUUGAAAGUGUCAAUAUUUAACGGAAAGGCAUUUAUCAAUAUUUUGUUACACUACAUUUGGUAGCUGCUUAGAGCAGUGUGCUUGAGAUGAUCAUGAAGAGUCUUCAUCUGUUUAAAAUGAUAACUUCCGUGGUUUGAUUUGUGAGAAUAGUUGUGGGAUUUUAUAGAAGUUUCAGCAUUUCAAUAUCUUCUAGGCAUGUAUAUGUUGCUCAUACUACUUCCAUUGUCAGCAGUAAAGUAAGCAAAAACUGACUUCUGAAUGCUCAUAAUUAAACCUGCUAAUCAUAAUGAAGCAACAUAUGCCAUGCGUGAUAUGUACAAUUGAGGUUCUUGUAAAGGUUUAGAUCACUGCUGCAUCACUGAAGAAGAUAAAAUGGUGUGGAUCUUAACUUUCCUUCUGUGAACGGAACACUUUGCAUUCAUGGAGCAAGGUUUUCCUGCUUCCUCCUUCCUUCUGUUGCCUCCUGUACCUCCUGAAAGUUUGCUCCUGAGGUUUGGAGUAUCCUUGGAAUAUGAUGUGGGAUAUGGGAUGGCUCAGGAGGCAUCAGGUUGAAAAGGGAGUUGAUGAAAGUCCUCGCCCCCUUUAAUUGAACAGAGGAACAACUUAGGAACUGAAUCAGUGUUGACUGUUUUAUUGAUUGAAAUGUUAUGUAUUAGCUUUCCAACGAAAGUCAAGAGUGUAUCUUAGUUGAUUUAUAAUACUCCACAUGGAAUUUUCUUUUUAGGAACUAUUGUGAGUAUAGGAGAUCCCAAGAAAAAAUAUACAAGAUACGAAAAAAUAGGACAGGGGUGAGUACUGACUAUGAAAUGAGUUAGUGGAAGUACCAUUUUCUUUGUCUUAUUUGGCAUUUGGUUUCUGUUUACAAAACCAGAAGUAUCAACAAUAGAUUAGUAUACAUAAUAACAACAACCAGAUGCAAACCUCCAACAGAAGUAGAAAUUUUGAAACAAAUAUUUUGAGUGCUUUGCUACUUACCCUUUACUUUAUGGGAUGAGGAGGAACAUUUGAAAAAUAAUUCCAGUCAUUGCCAUUUAUUUGUUGUCUAUCUUUGGACUGUUACUGGGGCAAUGGAGUAUGAAAUUAACUUACCUUAAGCAUCAGUUAUCUGACUAGUAGUCUGUGUCUAGAUAAUAUUGCAAAAUGCUCUGUUAAAAGGAAGGUCUUGCUUUUCCUAUUCCUUAUUUUACAGUGGAACCUCGGGUUGCGGACAUAAUCCGUGUCGGAGGCACGUCCGCAACCCGCAGCGUUCACAUCCUGAAGCGCCGCGUCUGCACAGGUGCUGGUGCGAUUUGGCGCUUCUGCGCACACGCAAAGCGCAAUUUAGCGCUUCUGUGCAUGUGCAAGCGGCAAAACCCAGAAGUAACCGGUUCCGGUACUUCUGGGUUUCCCGUGAUCCGUAACCCGAAAACACAUAACCUGAAGCGUCCGUAACAUGAGGUAUGACUCUAUAGGCAUUGAUCUUAUUCUGUUGACUUUUUUUAACCUAGAACUGGAAUAAAAACGAAGUACAGUGAAAGUUAGUGCAGCCUCUUUACCUGUUCAUGCACAUAUGCAUUAGAGAUGUGAAUGUUAAUAGAAUUGUGUAUUUUCUUUUCAUAGGGCUUCGGGUACAGUUUUCAUUGCCAUUGAUGUAGCAACAGGACAGGAGGUAGGAACAAUAUACCUUCUACCACCUUUGAAUUUUCUUUUUAGAGUGGUCAAAUCAAAUGUUACUGUGCUUUGGUUUGUUUGGUUUUUUUUUUAAAAGACUCAUCUCCCAAUAGUGAAUUCCUCAUAGCUGUGUGCAGAAGUAAUUGCUUUGUACUGUAGAAUCAGAUAAUAAAUUUUAAAAUAACAUUUUGCAAAAAUCAAAUGCAUGGAAUUGGUUCUAAAUUAGCCUUCUGCAACCAAGUGGCUUCCAAAUCUUGUGGACUACAACUCACAUCAUCCCUGAAUGCUGUCUAGGACUGAUGGGGUUAUGGUCCAUAAUAUCUGGAGGGCACCACGUUUGGGAAGGCUGUUCGAAAUUCCAAAAGGAAGUUAAGUUGUUAAUUAAACUCUCCCAUGUUUUUAUCAUAGAAAGCUGCUUCUGUUUAAAGAGUUAAAUUAUAAUUUAUAAUUUGUUAUGCUGCCUUCAUUUGUGACUAUGAUGUUUGUGAGAGCUGGCCCUUUCCCAAGUUUGUGGGAGAGCUAGUGCUUUCUUUUUUCUUUUGCAAUAGAGCCUUAUCUGUCACUCUUAGUUCAUAAUUAGUAAGAACUGAAAUAAUGACUUUUAAAAUGUGGAAAACUGAGUUUCUUGAAAAUAAAUGUGAAUCAAAAUUGGUGUCACCUACUGUAGACCCCAUUUUUGGGGUGAGAAAAAAUGGACACACACCACUAUACCUCUUUUUUGGCUGUUUGGUGCCCUUGUUUCAGAUUCAAACCAUAAUAGCUAAUUUUAGUACUGGGCUCAUUACACGUCAUAGAUACUUCCUUUCUUCCAAAUAUUACACUUCCAACCACAGCAUUACAUGUUAUCAGGAUUAAUUGUGUAGUCUUGUUGCUGUUGUUUUUAUUUCAUUCUUCUGAAUGCAAUAAAACUACCUUAUGUUCACCCCUGCACAUUCUUGGCUCUUGUAGUUUCAGACUUUGUUGUUAGUGAACAUUUAUUUUGCUGCCAAAAUGUCCUGCCAACUUUUGUCUGUGAGGAUUAUGUUAGUUACUUGGAUCAGUUGAUCUGUCAACAGCAACCAAAUGGUUAUCUCAGGAAAAGGAGUGUAAAGAAACUACCCAUUUGCCUUUUUAUUGUAACAUUAGAAAAUGCUAAUACUACAAUGGUCUUUCUUUGAAUAUAAACUUCUGUUGAAUCCCUUUUCACCCUUUUAGGUUGCUAUUAAACAGAUAAAUCUUCAGAAACAACCCAAGAAGGAGUUAAUUAUCAAUGAGAUCCUGGUAAUGAAAGAGUUGAAGAACCCAAACAUAGUCAACUUUUUGGACAGGUAACGAAGCAAAUGCUAUAGCAGCUAGAAAGUUUGGACGUGAAAACCCAAGUUCAACACCUUACUAGGUUGUGAAGUUCACAUCCUUGGACAAAUCGCUUUUGCCUUUUUUUCUAUCUCGUGAGAGACCAGGGUGCUUCUCUAAGUCUUUGGAAGAAGGGUGAGAUAAAUAGGCAAUGCAUAGUAGACUGGCCUCUCUCCUGAGGUACAGAACACAUUUAAAUAUCUGAUACUUCUGUAAUAUAGCCUGAAAUAACUCCUUAUUCCCUGUAUCAUUUGUUGUCAUAAGUCAGGUUAUCAGUUCAGCUUCUUAAGAAGUCCAGAUAAUGGAGACAUUUUAUGUAUUAAUAACUUCAUGUACCAGACCUAUAUUUUGUAGACAAGGGAAGUGUCUGAUACAAGACUUAUGUUCCUGGAAACAUGCACACAGACCUUCCUGCUUCAAAUAUUGCUUCAAUUUUGGAUCUUUUCCAUAUACAGUGGAACCUCGGUUGGCAAACACUUCGGAAGACAAACGUUUCGGCUUUUGAACGCUGGCAACCCGGAAGUGAAUGCUUCCAUUUUCGAACGUGCCUUGGAAGUCGAAUGACUUCAUAGAAUCAUAGAGUUGGAAGAGACCACAAGGGCCAUCGAGUCCAACCCCCUGCCAAGCAGGAAACUUGUGAGUUCUGAGACUUCUGAGGCUUGUUUCUCCAUUUUUUCAAUGGAUUUUGCCAACCAGCAAAUUGAGCCUCGGUUAUUGAAUGUUUCGGAGGUUGAACGGUCUUCCGGAAUGGAUUACGUUCGACAACUGAUGUUCCACUGUAUAUUUUCUCUGGUCUUUCCAACUAUUUUGCAUUUUGUUUUUCAUCAUUUAGUUUUUGGUUUGGAUAGCCUGACACCUUCAAUUGAAGGGCUGAUUAUAAAUAAUUUCAAUAAAUAUUUUUGUAUAUUUUCUGUGAUGUAAAUCACAUUGAGAUUGUGUUGCACAUGGUGAUACAUAAAGUUGUAAUAAUAGUAGUAAUUAUCUUGUCUCAAUAAUUUGUUAUGUUUGAACUUCAUCAAUUUCUACCUUCAGUUUCCUAAUGGAAGACGAAUUGUUUGUCAUAAUGGAAUAUCUGGCUGGUGGAUCCCUCACAGAUGUCGUUACAGAGACUUGCAUGGAUGAGGCACAGAUUGCCGCUGUCUGUCGAGAGGUAGGUGAUUGAUUGAAGAAAGAGAAAUUUUGUUUCCCUUAGCUAAUUGACUUUUAUUAUAAUUGCAUUUACAUUACUGAGGCAGGUUUAUCAAGGCUGGGAGUUGGAAGCCUGUAGCCCAGCAUUUGUGUUUGAGCCUUGUGAAGUAGCAGUGGCCAUGCAAGUCUUUUCAUCUUCUGAGAUACAAACCACAACAUUUUAAGAGUACACACUGUCUAGUUUUCACCGAGGUGGCAUCCCUGUAUCUAGUCUGUACCAGUUCAGACCACGGGAGGGUUUACAUAGUGAAAUACUCUUCACAGAAGAAAAAGAUUUGAACACAUAGAGAACAGUGUUGGAGAAGAGUAGUUGCUGAUCCAGUUGUAGGGAUUUAACUCAUACUGGAUGCAGUAGCACUCUCCAUAAAAACAGAGGUUAGUAGUUUGAAGAGUUUGGUGAUGAUUCUGGUGGAUGCAGCUAUUGUUAGGUUACUGUUGUGAGAUCAAUGAAGUGCAAAAACUACGGAGAAGGUUCAGCAGAGAUUUCAGCUGGCAAUUAGUUAUUUCAUUCUUUUUAAAGAAGAGAAUGACUAAGCAAAGUCUGGCAAAUGGCACAAUUGACAUAAGUUAACAAAGUGUAUUGGAUAAAGAGAAGGAAGACAGCAUAAAUCAAGUUUUGAGAUAGAAGGUGCCCCAUUGCAAAUUAUUUUAUAGACCACUGGAAAGGCACCGUAUUUUUCUGUACUAUAAACAUGCUUCCUUCUGAAGUAAGCAUAUGAAAGACCUUUCACUGAAAAACAGUGGAUUGACCUUAAUUAUGUCAAUGUUUAUUAAUGAUUUUGUUUGAUGUUUUUAGCUGGAAACUCUUUUGAUAUUAAAAAAGAGUGAAGAUUUAUAUCAUGGACAUACUGUGUGUAUUAAACUUGUUAAGAUUGUAAAUAUGGAACAUAAUUUUAAAAAUUGCUAGACUAUACAAAUCAUUUGUUACCUAGUGAGUAAAGCGUAGUUUGAGGUUACUAAACUGUCUCUAGCCAAUGUGAAUUUUGAACAUGUCUAGACAAUAUCCCUCCCAUUGUUUCCAUACAGUGUUUGCAGGCAUUGGAAUUCCUACAUGCCAAUCAGGUUAUCCACAGAGAUAUUAAAAGUGACAACGUACUAUUAGGAAUGGAUGGAUCAGUUAAACUGAGUAAGUGCAUGUCAGUUACUUCCAAACAUGAAAUAUGUGGCUGAACAGUUGGGUGGUGUUACUUUGCACAUAAGUUUCACAGCAAAAUUCACUGGUAUGAAUUUUAGUGUAAUAGCUGCAGUGACAAAUACAAUUCUGGGCUCAACAAGUCUUUGCCACUAGAGUGGCUAUGUGGCUGAGAAGACAGGGAGAAUAUAUUAUUUGGAAGCCACAUAAAUAUUUUUGCAUGUAUAGAUCAGAUUGCAGUAUAAAGUAGGUUAAACGUAAGCCAGCUUCAUAACCCAUGGUUUGAAAUAGGCUUGUUUUGAAACUGACACAAUGGACCGAUUCACACAUAAUGUUAAACCAUGGUUUAGUGCCACAUGCAUGAGCUUACACACGCCUUCCUCCACCCAAUGCCAACAAUGUGGCUUUGGAAGCAUUUAAUUGCAUUUUCAUGGACUCCUGGCUUCAUGUGUCAUUUAGAUAAGAGUAAAAGCUGUAGAUGGUAUGGCAGAGUACCUGUUUGCCUUUAAACUAAACAAUAGGUUCCAUUUACAAAUGUAAAGCAGCUUACCAUCACAGUCUGCAUUGUUUAGCACAUGGGUAGGCAAACUAAGGCCCUGGGGCCGGAUCCGGCCCAAUCGCCUUCUAAAUCCGGCCCGCAGACGGUCUGGGAAUCUGUGUGUUUUUAAAUGAGUAGAAUGUGUCAUUUUAUUUAAAAUGCAUCUCUGGGUUAUUUCUGGGGCAUAGGAAUUCGUUAAUAUUCCCCCCCCCCCCAAAAAAAAUAUAGUCUGGCCUCCCACAAGGUCUGAGGGACAGUGGACCGGCUCCCUGCUGAAAAAGUUUGCUGACCCCUGGUUUUGCACACACACUGACAAACUGGAACGUGUCCAGAGGAGGGCAACCAAAAUGGUCAAAGGCCUGGAAACGAUGCCUUAUGAGGAACGGCUAAGGGAGCUGGGCAUGUUUAGCCUGGAGAAGAGGAGGUUAAGGGGUGAUAUGAUAGCCAUGUUCAAAUAUAUAAAAGGUUGUCACAUAGAGGAGGGAGAAAGGUUGUUUUCUGCUGCUCCAGAGAAGCGGACACGGAGCAAUGGAUCCAAACUACAAGAAAGAAGAUUCCACCUAAACAUUAGGAAGAACUUCCUGACAGUAAGAGCUGUUCGACAGUGGAAUUUGCUGCCAAGGAGUGUGGUGGAGUCUCCUUCUUUGGAGGUCUUUAAGCAGAGGCUUGACAACCAUAUGUCAGGAGUGCUCUGAUGGUGUUUCCUGCUUGGCAGGGGGUUGGACUCGAUGGCCCUUGUGGUCUCUUCCAAUUCUAUGAUUCUAUGAGUUUGCAUUUUUUUAAACCAGCAGAUGGCAGUCUUGAUUAGACUAACCUUGGGAUUGUUCAGUUGGCCAGAGUCCUCAGUAGCAUUCUUCUCUUCCGCUUCAGUUUAAAAUUAGAUUUGAGUACAAAAGCUAAGGCUCAAGGUUGGGAUAAUUAAGAAACCAGAAGUACAGAAUAUUAAAUACUGCAACAGCUGCCUUCAGUAAUUUUAACUCGUGCGCUGCAAUAAUAGAUUAGUAAAACAAAUAUGCUGUAUCAUAGAUUUAUGAGCUUAGUCAAUAACUCCACAGAUUCCAUUAAAAUUGUGUCUUAUAAGUUUAAAACCUCACUGAGGGUGGGGGCUUACACUAAAAUGAGAUCCUUUUUCACAAGUCCCAUGUCUUUUGUGAUAGUUGAUCAAUUGAGCUCUGAAUUCCUUCACUGCAUCGUGUUGCAGCAGCAGCAGAAAGAACACGGCUGGGCUGAAUGUGCAAUAGUGUGAGGUAUAAAUAAGAUGGUAAAUCUAUGAAGUGGUAGAAUGAGCCAAACCAUUUCUCACUGCAGGUGUGUGCGGAGGUUACGUUUGUGAGUGUCCCCCUUUGUGAAGGAUCCUGCCAAGUACAAAACUAGCACACAUGGAGUGGUCUGGGCUAGAACUUGUCUUCUGGGUUGUUGCUGCUGUGUCUUUAAUGUAUUAGGCUUUAAAAGAAAAGAAAAAUGCAGGGGAUUAUUUCAAAUCUGGAAUCUGCUACCCACAAUUUAAAGUAGUACAGUCCACUCUACCACCUCAUUCUGCUACAUGUGUUUUAAUAAGUGGUAGAAUGAACUGCACCACUGUUGGUGGUGGAUUCCGUUGCUAAAAGGAUGCCUUCGGGGGGGGCGUGUUGAAGGAGCAUUGUGUGGGCACUGAGACAUCUGUAGCUUUUUCUGGAAGCAUAACUGGGUAACAGGGAUACACCCAAAGUGUAGGACUUACUACUAAUUUAACUUUCCAAUAACUGCACUCUUUUCUUCUUUUUUUGUAGCUGAUUUUGGUUUCUGUGCGCAGAUUACUCCAGAACAGAGCAAACGUAGUACUAUGGUUGGAACACCUUAUUGGAUGGCUCCUGAAGUGGUCACACGAAAGGCCUAUGGCCCCAAAGUGGAUAUCUGGUCCCUGGGUAUCAUGGCUAUUGAAAUGGUCGAAGGCGAGCCCCCAUAUCUCAAUGAAAACCCUUUGAGGGUAAGGCAUAAGUUUUCAAGGAACUCCCGAUUCCCUGGAACAUAGCAAAACACAGUAAAAACCCACAAAUUUUGAAUGAUUUUUCAGGUCCUUUUCAGUUCUGAUUUAAACUCAGGUGCUCAUACAACCACAUUUUUUGUUUUUCAUAAUGCCAAUGUUUGUUUGUUGUUCUUUCUUGCAGGCAUUAUAUUUAAUAGCAACAAACGGCACUCCAGAAUUGCAGAACCCAGAGAAAUUGUCCCCAAUAUUUCGUGACUUUCUAAAUAGUUGUUUGGAAAUGGAUGUAGAGAAAAGAGGGUCAGCCAAAGAACUGUUACAGGUAAAACCGCUGGUAUCUUGCAAAUGGCAUCAGUUGUAGACAGUGCUUUCUGUUGACAAGUCAAGCUACUGUAAAGGAAGACUGAUAUACGAUCAACAAAUUCAGAAAAAAAUGGGAUAGAACGGGGAACAUAAAGGUAAAAAAGAAUGGUCGAAUUCCACAUUAUGCUAAUACAGUGGUUCUGCCAGCACAAGCAUUCUCUCUUUGCCAGGUGGAAGAAUCUCCCUUCUCCUUGCCCUGUUGCAUUGUUCUGGGGGUUCUCCUGACUCUUAUAGAGUACAUUGGUAGAAGGGAGGGAGUCCUGUUGGGCCAGCAGGAGGCUUUUAACUGGCUUCUGUUACUGCACCGGGAUAGCUGAAUCCAACCUAGUAUCUUUGCACAUCUUAAAAUUUUAUUAGUAGAUCUAUAUGAUCACUCAUCAAUGCAUGUUCCCUGGACAACUUUUAAAAAGAAAGUAAUAGCAUUAGUAGUAGUAGUAAAAGAAAGUAGUAGUAGUAAUAAUGAUAAUAAUAAUUGCAAACGAUUGACUAAGGAUUCAGCUAAGUUUUACUCAGAGUAGACCUGUUGAAGGCAGUGACCCUUGGUAUAAGUUAAUUUUAAUAGCUCUGCUCUGAGUAAGACUUAGCUGAAUACCACCCACUAAUACUGAUCAUAUUUUAGUAUGACCUAAGCACAGUAGGUAACCUGUCUCCCUGGUCAUCUCUCCUUUGCAUUUUUUGCUAAGUGUAUGACUCAGAAUGCUGCUGCUGGAGUUUCCUUUUAAGUGUUCUUUCAUUAAAAGGUUGUUUCUUUUCUUUUUUGAUAGCAUCCUUUCCUGAAACUGGCCAAACCUUUGUCAAGCUUGACGCCGUUGAUCCUAGCAGCCAAAGAAGCAAUGAAGAGUAACCGUUAG